AUGGCAUUACCAACACGAAGUGGUGUGUUACGGCACGUCACAUCAUGUCUACGUCCAGUCGGUCCACGACCACUGUCCCAAGCCUAUCUCCGCCGUCUCGCCUCGACUCUCGCCAUCCUCGAACAACGCGAAGGCAAACUGAACAUGUCCUCCCUGGCCUCCGUCUCCGCCGGCCAAAAGAUUGGCGGGCCUGUCCACGGAAUCCUAGCUGGCUCCAACAUCAAGACCGUCGCCGACGAAGCCGCCAAAGUCGAAGGGCUGGAGAAGAUAAUAUUCGUGGAGAAUGGCGACUAUGAUAAAGGACUCCCCGAGAACUGGGCUCCGAUGUUGAUCGAGAACAUCAAGAAAGGAGGGUACACGCAUGUCCUAGCGGGCCACUCGGCUUUUGGCAAGAAUUUAAUGCCUAGGGUCGCGGCGUUGAUGGAUGUACAGCAGGUGUCUGAUAUCACUGAUAUUCAGUCUGAGGAUACUUUCGUCAGGCCGAUAUAUGCUGGGAAUGCUAUCCUGACUGUUCAGUCCGAGGAUAGUCCUAAGAUUGUUACGGUGAGAGGUACGGCUUUCCCUUCUGGUGCCGCGGAGGGAGGCAGUGCCAGUGUAGAGGAGGGUGUGGAUCCCAAGGCUCCUUGUCCUACGACGUGGGUCAGUGAGGACUUGGCGAAGAGUGACCGGCCUGAGCUUGCGAGUGCGGAACGAGUCGUUUCGGGAGGCAGGGGCUUGAAGUCGAAAGAGGAAUUCGAGAGGCUUAUCCCUCCUCUUGCUGAUGCGCUGGGUGCCGCGAUUGGUGCUUCGCGAGCUGCUGUUGACAGCGGAUUCGCUGACAACAGCUUGCAGGUGGGUCAGACUGGCAAGAACGUGGCACCUCAGCUAUAUUUGUGCGCCGGGAUUAGUGGUGCUAUUCAGCAUUUGGCUGGCAUGAAGGACAGCAAAGUCAUCGCCGCCAUCAACAAGGAUGCCGAUGCGCCUAUCUUCCAGGUGGCGGAUGUUGGGUUGGUGGGUGAUUUGUUUGAGAAGGUACCGGAGAUGACAGAGAAGUUGAAGAGUUCGUGA